UCACACCAAACGCGGAUGCCUCCAAAACCCCCCCACGUGUCGCCUACUCGUUGGCCUAUCCCUCUCACUAUUUCUUUAUAUAACAUCUCUGCCUUCUUACCGUCACCGUCUCUGCUCAGUGCUCACACAACUAUCAUUUUCUCAGCUACCCAAAGGCAAUUUCCACGUCCAACCAAAAGCAUGUCGUCGGAGAAUCAACCGGAAGAUGAAGCCGUCGAGCUCAAUUUCAAGGACACCGAACUCACCUUGGGCCUUCCCGGAGCUAAAACCGGUUCUAAACGCGGAUUCUCCCACACCGUUGAUCUUAAUCUAGGCACUAAGGACGCCAACAACAAUAACAGCCACGGCUCAGCCUGUGAUAAAUCUCCGGCACCAAAGGCACAGAUGGUGGGGUGGCCACCGGUGAGGGCGAGCAGAAAGAGCGUGAUGAAGAGUUGCAAGUACGUGAAGGUGGCGGUGGACGGAGCUCCAUAUCUGAGGAAAGUAGAUCUUGAAAUGUAUCACAGUUACGAGCAGCUUCUAAGGUCUUUAGAAACCAUGUUUUCCUGCUUAACCAUCCGUAACGAUUUGAUCUUGAAGGAGAGGAACAGUGGAAACAUUAACGGAGGCGAAUACGUACCUACCUUUGAGGACAAAGAUGGUGACUGGAUGAUGGUCGGGGAUGUACCCUGGAAGAUGUUUGUUGAAUCCUGCAGAAGGAUAAGGUUGAUGAUAAGCUCAGAGGCCACUACUGGCUCAGAGUGAAGGAGGUUAAGGAUCCUGGUGGAGAACUCAUGUACAGAGGCUUGGUUGGUUUGGUUCAAGAGAUGAUUAGAAGAAAUUAACAAGUUUUAUAACUAGUCAAAGGAAUAAGGAGAAGGAGAGUGGUCUGUAAAUUGAUGGUGAUAAUUCUGUCGUCUGUCUGACUGUCUUUGUACUGUAAUGCAAAUACGAGUUUGAUUUUUAA